AGGGUUCCUCUAAUUUGUUUUGGGACCGUGGAGUGGCACUUGCCGGAUCGAUGCCUCCGUCAGUUUGAACGGGAGCAGUGCAUUCCGUUGGAUGGUCGGCAAGGUACUCGCGAUUGGCCCACGAAGUUGAAGGAAUUCAUCGCGAUUUGGGAGAACCGACAACUACAAGAUAUUGUCACUCCAAAUCAAGUGGGCCGAAUGGGGUAUCAUGACCCAUACUUGGAUCGAUAUCGGCAAACAUCGGUUCGUUACAUGACUCCGGAGGGUGCGGCCGAUGGUGCAUUAGCCGAUGGGGUCGAGCGGAUUAAAGAUAUUACUACAGGAAGAAAUGAGUUGGGCAAUGAAGAUGUGGGCUUCAUCAGG